AUGUCUGGCACAAGAGAGCAGGUGUUUCCAACGCGUAUGACGCUGGGGUUGAUGAAAACCAAGCUGAAGGGAGCGAACCAAGGAUAUUCACUGUUGAAGAGGAAAUCUGAGGCUUUGACUAAGAGAUUUCGUGAUAUUACAAAGAGAAUUGACGACGCCAAGCAGAAGAUGGGACGAGUGAUGCAGACGGCAGCGUUUUCGCUGGCCGAAGUGUCGUAUGCGACUGGCGAGAAUAUCGGAUAUCAGGUCCAGGAGAGCGUAUCUAACGCCAGAUUCAAGGUCAAGGCACGCCAGGAGAACGUUAGCGGUGUGUAUCUGCCCCAGUUUGAAUCAUAUAUUGACUCUGACAUCAACGAUUUCAAGCUGACAGGGUUGGGCCGUGGCGGUCAGCAGGUGCAACGUGCAAAGGAGAUCUAUUCAAAGGCGGUAGAGACGUUAAUUGAGCUGGCUUCACUACAAACUGCAUUUAUCAUCCUGGAUGAAGUUAUCAAAGUGACGAAUAGGAGAGUCAACGCCAUCGAGCAUGUCAUUAUUCCUAGGACAGAGAAUACGAUCGCUUAUAUCAAUAGUGAGUUGGACGAACUGGACAGAGAAGAGUUUUAUAGGUUGAAGAAGGUGCAGGAAAAGAAACAGCAGGAGACAGCACGGUUGGAUGCUGAGAUGAAGCAAGCGAAAAUGGCGAGGAUGGCCGAGCAGCAGCAGACCAGUGCGGAAGGCGACGCAGUAGCCCAGGAGGCAGAGGAGGACGAAUCUGAUGCCAGGACGAGUGCGGAGCCGGGAGCACUGGUAGAGGAGCAAGAGGAAGAUGUCAUUUUCUAG